AUGCCCAACAACGGCGACACCUCCAACUACACAUCCGUGUUCCGCCUGACACCACUCGGUGACCCGCAUCGCAAGGUGAUCAAGCGCAACCGGCAGGUCGUCUCGUGCAUCCCAUGUCGCACCCGGAAACUGAAAUGUGACCGCCAGCAGCCAUGUACUUCCUGCGUCAAGAGGAGCGACGCCGUCUCGUGCAGGUUCUUUGGGGCGUCCGGCGCCGGUGGCUCCUCGGGCCAGACGCCGCCCGUGCCCCGGAAGCAGGUGCAGGUUAGGUUGCAGCAGCUGGAGGAUCUCGUCAACGGGAUGGUCAACCAGUCUGGGUCGGAUGCACCGGCAGCGAAGGAUGCAAGUGAGGCGGCGCACUCGGCGGAGCAGCCUCGGCCCGCCAGGUCGGCCUCGAGCCGGGACGAGGCCGUGUCGCCGGGGCGGCCGGACGGAAAUAACGUGCGAUACGCCGGGGGCACAAGUUAUGCUGCUGUUCUCGAGUGCAUCCACAAUCUUCAAGAACUCAUUGACGAGGAAGCACCAGACUACUUGUCUGCAGGCUCCCAUCUGUCGCGACCUGGGAGUCAACAUGAGGCCCAGGAAGCGCAAGAACGACAUGCGCCGGCUUCUGCCCACCCACGUCGUGCUGCAACACCGCUGACGGCACAGCAAAUCAUUGACUGCUUGCCGCCAAGGUCAGAAUGCGACAAGGCUCUGACAUUCUACUUCCAACAGGUCUAUCUCAUCCCAAUGGCCAUACACUCGGGCCAAUUUCAGCGAGCAUAUGAGGCAUUCUGGAAAGAGCCUAACAAUGCCAGUCUGCUAUGGAUAAGCACGCUGUUCUCUGUAUUAUCGACUGCAGUAUUUCAACAAGCCUCCAAAGCUGCCGAAUCAGAAGGCCUCGGCGCGGCAGGGAUCCAGGAUGAAGCAGCCAAAGAGAAGAUCGACUUGUACAGCAGCAUGGCAUAUCGCUGCCUGGACGCUGGCGACUAUCUUCUGGGCAAGCCGCACUCCGUUGAGGCUGCGCUUCUGUUCGUCCUGCAUCUCGUCUUGCAGAAACGGGACACAGAUCCAAUUUGCUGGCACACAUGUUGCACUGCAAUCCGCCUGGCCCAAAAGAUGGGAUACCAUCGCGAUGCAACCUAUCUGAACCGAAGCACCAACAUGAAGAUCUCCGCCUUUGACGCUGAGAUGCGCCGGAGGACGUGGUAUACGCUCGAGCACCUAGACAUAUCCUUUGGCUUCCUGCUCGGGAUCCCUCCCAUGAUUAAUGGCGCCGACGUCGACACAAAGCUUCCUUCGAACCUGCACGACGAAGAAUUCGGCGAGCACAGCCAAUCGUUGCCACCGUCAAGGCCAUACUCAGACUUUACACCAGUGCUAUUUUAUAUAUACUCCGCCAGACAGGUGCAGGUCCUGCGUGGGAUUGUGAGACAGGCAGUAGCUGUUGCGCAGCCCUCUUACGGCGACGUUCUUAGUUUUGAUGACGAUCUACGUAGCUUACACGAACAUGUGCCACCUAAUCUUCGGUACAGGCCGAUACGGCAGAGCAGUUUUGCUGAUGUCCCUGAUAUAAUCGUUCGGCGCAUGGUACUCGAAAUCAUACAUCUCAAAGGAGUGUGUGUCCUGCAUAGGCGCUAUUUGACCACCGGGAGGGAGAAUACCGUCUACGACCGGUCAAGAGAGGCGUGCCGCGACGCCGCACUGAAGCUGCUGGACCUGCAUGCCGAAUUCGACGAGCAGAGCGGUGAUGGCGGUCGACUGUACGAAAAGAGGUUCCUGGUGACGAACGCUGGUUUCCAUGUUUUUUUGUUGGCAGCCAUGUGUCUUUGCCUGGACCUCAGCUCUGGAAACAGAAAGCAGCCCUUCCAUGACCGCGCUGUGUCUGCCCUCAAGCGGGCAGGCGCAAUAUGGAGUCGCACGGCCAGCGUAUCCAAGGAAUCAGCUCACGCAACAAAGGUGCUCGAGGCUAUCCUGACCAAGGUCUCAUCAUCCACUCAAGCUUCAACUCCGAAACCUCCCGAUGAUCGUCGCUCUCCUGCGACAGCCCCGAACUCUUCCAGCGCUCCGUCCGACCAGCCCGAAGCAGCAGCAUCCUCCUGGUCAGCUGUAAACAACAAGGCCCCUCAGUCAUCGCGAGCAGUCAGGAGAGACUUUUCUGUUGCAUGGGACUUCGGAGUGGACGCCGUCCGUACCGAGCGCAACAGAGACUCGGAUGAUCCGAUAGACUUGGCGGUAAAUGGUGACAUGGACUGGAACGAAAUCGACUCAUACCUCCUCGACCGGGGGCAUGUCAAAGAAACGCCGGCCACCACGUCACCUGCUUCUCCGCCCACGAAUGACAAUCCUAGGGAAGGAUGGGCCUAUAUAGAGCGCGGUGGGAGGAAGGCUAGAGAAAACUGGUCUUAUCCGCAAUAUGAUCACAACGACGGUUCCCCCGCGGCGAGUACCACAAACUUUCGCACCUGGGCAAGGGGUGGGACGACUUUAGGCGGUUUUGGCUUUCCUUGA